CGCGAGAAGGCGACCGUCUCUCGCGUUAUUUCCUUGUUUCCAGAAUCCUUAGCGCGGAGUGGAAGAAUACUCUUUUAGCUCCGCUUCUUUUGAUGACUGCGGUUUCCUCAGCGGCUUCCCAGGUGCUGAGUCUGUGUGAGAAAUGGCGGCCCCAGAACAGCCGCUUCCGAUGUCAAGAGGAUGCCAGAAUUCUGCUUCGCUUUCUCCCCCGCGGGGCGACCGAACCCUUCUAGUGAGGCACCUGCCAGCCGAGCUUACCGCUGAGGAGAAAGAAGACUUGCUGAAGUAUUUCGGGGCGCAGUCCGUGCGCGUCCUAUCUGAUAAGGGGCGCCUGAAACAUACAGCUUUUGCAACUUUCCCUAAUGAAAAAACAGCUGUAAAGGCAUUGACAAGACUUCAUCAACUGAAACUUUUGGGUCAUACUUUAGUUGUUGAAUUUGCAAAAGAGCAAGAUCGAGUUCAUUCACCAUGUCCCUCUUUGGGCACUGAAAAAAAGAAAAGGUCUGAUGAUCCUGUGGAAGAUGAUAAAGAAAAGAAAGAACUUGAUUGUUUAACCAUAGAAAAUGGAAUUGCACCAAACCAUGGGCUGACUUUUCCUCUAAAUUCAUGCCUCAAGUAUAUGUACCCACCACCUUCAAGUACAAUCCUAGCAAAUAUAGUAAAUGCUUUGGCAAGUGUACCUAAGUUCUAUGUGCAGGUGCUUCAUCUUAUGAAUAAAAUGAAUUUGCCCACACCUUUUGGACCAAUUACUACCCGGCCUCCCAUGUAUGAGGACUAUAUGCCAUUACAUGCACCUCUUCCACCUACAUCUCCUCAGCCACCAGAGGAACCUCCUUUGCCAGAUGAGGAUGAGGAAUUAUCUAGUAAAGAAUCAGAAUAUGAAAGCAGUGAUGAUGAAGACCGUCAAAGAAUGACCAAACUAAUGGAACUGGCAAAUCUUCAGCCCAAAAGACCAAAACCAAUAAAGCAGCGCCAUGUGAGAAAAAAGAGAAAAAUAAAGGAUAUGUUGAAUAUACCAUCAUCUGCUUCACACAGCAAUUUACAUCCAGUGUUGUUACCUUCGGAUGUAUUUGACCAACCACAACCUGUAGGUAAUAAAAAAAUUGAAUUCCAUAUAUCUACUGACAUGCAAGCUGCAUUUAAGAAAGAUUUAGAAAAGCAACAGAAUUGUGAAGAAGAAAAUAGUGAUUUACCUGCUACUGAAGCUGAUGCAUCUAAUAUAGGAUUUGGAAAAAUCUUCCCCCAACCAAAUUUGAACAUCACAGAGGAGAUUAAAGAUGACUCGGAUGAAAUGCCAUCAGAAUGUAUUUCUAGAAGGGAGUUGGAAAAGGGCAGAAUUUCUCGAGAAGAAAUGGAAACACUUUCAGUUUUUAGAAGUUACGAACCUGGUGAACCAAACUGUAGAAUUUAUGUAAAGAAUUUAGCUAAACAUGUUCAGGAAAAGGACCUUAAAUUUAUUUUUGGAAGAUAUGUUGACUUUUCAUCAGAAACCCAACGGAUAAUGUUUGAUAUACGUUUGAUGAAAGAAGGUCGCAUGAAAGGACAAGCUUUCAUUGGCCUUCCAAAUGAAAAAGCAGCGGCAAAAGCGUUAAAGGAAGCUAAUGGAUAUGUUCUUUUUGGAAAACCUAUGGUGGUUCAGUUUGCUCGAUCUGCUAGACCAAAACAAGAUUCUAAAGAAGGAAAAAGAAAGUGUUAAAAAUUAGUAAAGAAGCAUCCCUGCGUAAAUACUGCUGUAAUACUGUCAUACAAAGUGUAUCCUUUCUUGUUGUAUCCUUUUGGGGCAGUGUUUUUUUAUUUUCAUAGAAGUGUUUUGUCUCUCCCCAACCCACUGAUCCAGCUUAUGCAAUAAUUUUUCUUUUUAACAAUGUACUGAAAUUAAGUAUUUCUAAAUUAUCUGUGUUGAUUGAACAGAUCUUUUAUGUGGUUUUUAGAUUUGUUGCUGAAUUUUCUAUGCUAUCCUUUAGGUUAUGUAGUUUUUCCAGAGAAAGUUAGUGAAUCAGGUCAACUUAUUUACGUGGAGAAUGGAUACAUUUGCUUUAACACAGAUUUUAUUCUUGCUUCUUCUAUUUAUGUAUUUUCUAAUUCAGUAACAUAAAUGCUUUCUCUUUCAUGAUAUAUGUGGUUUAGGCAUUCUGUAUAACCUAUUAUAAAAUUUGGGGAAAAGGGUUUUUCCCCCCUAUAAAAAGUACAUGUGUUGACAUUUUAAAUAACUGAAUUUCAGUGUGAAUUCCAAAUAAGAGUAGCAGACAUCUGAGGUUUUAUUAUUGAAAUCUCCUUUGAGAUAGCAACUAGAAGUAUCUUUUUUCCCUUUCUUUUUCUAAACAAAAUAAAAGGAUUAAGAAAAGAGUAACAGAGAGGAGAAGACAUAAAGUUGACUCAGGGUAGCACAGUAAGUGGAAAGAAACAGUUCUGGUAGGUAUGUAAGUGGUUUCCAGACCUGUUGAUAAUCAGAACUGCCCAAAUAGUGGUUCUCAAUUUUGGCUGCAUAUUAGAAUGACUUGCAGAACUUUAAAAAAAAGAAAAAAACAAAAAAACUAAAGAAAAAUAAUAAAGUAAAAAGUAUGUUGCUUGGGUUUCUUCCCAGAGUUUUGUUUUAAUUGGCCUGGAUUUCUGCAUGGAUAUCAAUAUUUUCAAACCUCACAGAGUAUUGGUUCUAAUGUGCAACCAAGAUUGAGAACCACUGAGGAAGGAUUUUUAUACGUUAAGAUUCCUGGACUCUAUCCUAGAACUGAUAGAUAAGAAUCUCUGGAAUCAGGACCAAGAAUCUAAUUUUCCCUUAUUAGUUCUAAAGACUGACCAAUUUGAAUACUGCUUUGUUAGAUUAAACUGAUUACAUGGAUCCAAGAUAUCACCCUAGCCAUCUAAACUUUUAUUAGUAGGAAAAUACAGCAUUGGAGUCUUUACAUCCCUUUUCUUACUAAUUCUACUAAUAGUAGGAUUUUCUUACUAAAUCCUACUAAUAGUACAAUGAAAACAAUGCAAAAUUCUGUUAAUCAUUAUCACUCAAAGAUACAAAAAGCAGGAGAUAUUCAAAUUGCUGUUGCUUUUUUCUCUUGACACAGUUAAAUAUUUUAUUUUUUAAUGUUAUAAAUCAGUUUACGUGCUGUUAGAUAAUUAAAAUUUUGUUGCACUGACAUGAUUCACUAAUUUUCCAAAUAUAAAUGUUCUAGCUUUUAGUUAUUUUCGAACUAGUGAACUGUUUAAUAAUCACUAUUUUUAAUGAAUUUUUAUGGUGUUUUAGGUUCCUUUUAUCUCUCAAGUACUUUCCACCUUUGUGGAGAUGAAAUUGACCACCUGGACUAUGGAACUGUGCGUAAUAGCUUUUAAAGUGUAUUUAAAAAUUAAAUCUAUAUGCAUUUAAAUCAGUUUAUUAGAGAUCUAUAACAUGUAUUUUAAUCAUCUUCCUCAUAUAAUAAAUUAUUUUCUUUCCAAUUAAAAUAAUCUUAAUUUUUCUUUGUUAUUUAUUGAGGAAAGUAUAAUUUGAUAAUUACAUAAAUUUUUUAUCAAGUAAUUUUAUGAUACUAAAUAUAAAUUUUCUUUUAUGGUUACAAAUAUUGCCCUUUUUCAUUCUUACUUGUAUACUGAUGCACUUAUUUUUUGUAAUUAUUCUCAGAGUAGUUUUACUUGGUUGAGUUUUGAUGAUUUUGAUGUUGUUUUGAUUUUGUUUUUUCUCUUAAGUGGUGGGGGAUUUUUCACAGGUUAGGGAAUUUGUAUACUUGCCCUAACAGGUUUUCAGUGUUGUGUCUCCCAGUGUAUCAGAAUGUCACUCAAUAAAUUUUUCCUAUAUAAAAUUA